AUGCACAUUUCCACUCUUUUCACCGCGACUACCGUCGCUUUUGUGACUAUCGCAGAUAUUGCGUCAGCGCACGUCGUCUUGGUCGAUGCCUAUGGAAAUGCCAAUAAAGCCGUCCGCGGAUACGCUUUAGGCUUUGACGCAGCCACCCCGCGUAAUGGCGGUUACCUCUACCCACAGCAGCGUGAUGUCACCGUCUUUGCCAACAAAGUUGUCCACCACCCUGGUACCGCCACAUAUCUGAUAAACACCUGCGGUACUACCCUCCAGCACACCGCUUGGUACUAUCAAAAGCACGAGAAGUCUAAAUGGUUUGAUGUCUCUGAUGACAAAAGGACAUGGCUAUUUAGUCAAGCCACUCCUCAUAAAGGGUAUAUUGACAUCCCCGCAGGCAUCGCUGGUUUGGCAUGGAAUGAAUGGAAGAAGAAUACAAGAACGGACCUUGCGACUGGUAGGACCAAACUUAAAACUGGUAUACCAAAGGUUACACGUGGUGGAUCGCUUAGCAUACUCGCAUUCCAAAUCAAUCUUGAUGGAGGCGGAGCCUUUCAGUGCAAAAUCGACUAUCUGGCGAAUGGAAGGCAGUGGGCGCGCAAGUUGAAUGUCCGAAAGAAUUGUCCUGGUGAUGCACAUUCCUUUAAUUGGCCGGGAGUACAGAAGACAUGUUGGUUCACGGUCGAUAUGCCAAACGAUUUGGACUGUAAAGGAAAAACUGGAUCUAAGAAUGAGGUUACCGACAUUUGCCUCGUCAGAUGUGAAAACAGCGCCAAGAACGGUCCCUUCGGAGGAUGUAUCCCUGUUCAACAGAUCCGACCAAAGCCUAAGGUAGUCAAAUCAGUUAAACCAGUCAAACCGGUCAAACCCGUUGUAUCUGUUAAACCUGUUAAGGUUACUGUGGUCAAAGCCGUCCAACCAACAAUUGCCCCUCCCAAGCCGGUCACUGUCACCAAGAACAAAUUCGUCACGAUAAUCAAGGGCGGUCAAACUCAAGUUUCUAAGAUCACUAAGAACACUGUUCUCACUCUCACUCAAGUUAUCAAACCACCACCAAAGACGACAGUCGAAAUUCAGUAUACAACAGUUACUGUCGAGAGUUCUGGCGUUUCCACAGAGGCACCAGAACCCGAUGGCACUGAGGAAGUUGACGACAAAGACGACGAGAAUGAUGAUGCUAAUAAGCCUACACCCGAGCCCGAGCCGUCUAAGGAGCCUACUAAGGAGGAAAUCAAAGCUGCACUCGGGGGAGAAGAGUAUCCCGAGGAAGAUAUUAAGGAUAUUAAGGAAGAGAAAGUUACUGAUGAUGUCAAGGAUGCCCUUAAAGACAAUUCUGGCAAAGAGAAGAUGCCAGAUGAGAUCGGGGAGCAAGAGCAAGGUUACUAUUAA